AUGUCAGAAUUAAGGAGAAAAGGAAUAAAGAAUGGAGAUUUUGUACUUUCAGGGAAAGAAAGAAAUAUAGGAGGUCGUCAAAUGGCAGAAAUAAAUAAGAAUGAGACGUUAAAAAUGAGUUUUUUCAAGGGUACACAUUUUAGACAAUUUCAAGACCGAAUGCCAUUGAAUAAGAAAAAUACAGAGACAGGGAAUGAGUCAAAAAUAUGGUCUUCAAAUAUAAAAAGAAAAUCCCAUUCAUUUCGUCCUAAUUAUUAUAAAUAUAAAAAAAAAUCAAGAAAUAUUCUUAAACGAUCAAUUUCAACAGAAUGUUUAGAUAAUAUUUCAUUACCCUUUACAGCGUCGUCGAGUAUUGCUAGAUUUUCGUCAUUAUCAUUGCCAAUUGCGUUUCAUAAUACGGUUCAAGAUAGUUCAUUAUAUGGACAUGAUUUUGAGCAUUCGAGUGGGACUUUUCGGAAGAAGAUAAGUUUAUCAAAGCAACCUAAGUAUGCACCGUUUCUAUUUUAUUCUCUGGCUACGACAGAAAUAGCCAAACCUAACAUAAGUUCCAUUGUUUUUUCAACGAUUUCUAUUAUGCAAACUAUUGGAUUGCCUUCAUUUAUAAUUCGAUCUAUGAUAACUGAACAGGAUCUUUAUGCACUUCGUGAACUUUGGAUUCGUCGACAAGCGGCAAAGCAUGGUUUCGAUAUAACAAAUAUUCUCAAUAGACCAUAUUCUAUAUCUACGAAUCCUUCAAUUUUGACGCUUCCAACGCUCAUUAGUCCGAGUUUUAGUGAAAUUAGCGUUUUUGAAAGCGACAGUGAAGACAAUAAAUCAUUAAAAGAUGCAUCAAAAAAAUUUAAAACUAAAAAAUCAUGGUCAAAUUUUAUACGUUUCAAGCAACCUUUACAAUUAAAUUCUAAUAAAUCUAAACUUAGAAAAAAACGAAAUGUGUCUUAUAUGAUAUAUGGUUCUUGUAAAACAGAGGAGGAAAUUUUUAAUUUAUCAGAAAAUACAAUUUUACAUAUUCAAGACGAUAUGGGUUUUGAUGUUUUGGUUACAGCCAAAAAUCAUUCAAAACGUUAUAUAUUAAUUGCAGGAACAAUUGAUUGUUUAGUAGCACAAUGUUCUUUGAGUCUUAAUAAGACUUUAGAUCAUGAUCAUGUUGAACUAUUGAUUCGCAGUUUCUCUUUUUUUUGUACUAUUACUCAAUUUUUAAAAAUAAUCAUUAAUCAAUUUCGAGUUUCAUUUCGUAAUCCUAAUGGUAAAGUUGCACGAUCAAGAAUUUCCUCUGUUUUAACAAAAUGGCUUGCUAUUCAACCAGAAGAUAUUUGCCGAAAUAGUACUGCUUAUGAAAUGUUUUAUAUGUUUAUUGAGGAAGUAAAAUUUUGUGGAUGUUUUUUUGAAGCUGAACAAUGCGAAACUAUUCUUAAAGCUCAACUAGCUUUACUUGAAUCACGACGUGCUUUUUAUAAACGUAAUUUUCAUUUAAAUUUUCAGCGAGAAUUAGCUUCUUUUUAUAAAUUUUCUAAAGGAAAAUUAAAGCUUGUUGGUAAUUUGCCUUCGAUUUUUUUAAAUCCUUUUACAGUAGCUAAAUACCUUGCUGUUAUGGAUUAUAUACUAAGCAGAGAUGCUGUUGAUUUUGCUGCUAUAAAACUUUAUUGGCAUAAAAGAGGAACUCUAGAUAGUAGAAAAAAAAAGCUUGUUGAUAAAAUAGAUCGUUUUGUUAGACGAACUGCAAUGUUGGCUCAUUGGAUAGCAGUUGAAAUUCUUCAACAAAACUCUUCUGAAAAAAGAGCAAAAACUAUUUGUUGGUUUAUAGAUAUUGCAAAGAAUUUAUAUCAUUUAAAUGAUUUUCAUUCAACAAUUAUUAUUACUAAUGUUUUAAUUAAUCCUCCUGUUAAAACUCUUUAUCAAACUUGGGCUGCUGUACCCUCAUCAUAUAUUGCAUUUAUGGAUACUUUAAAAAAUCUCGCUUGUCAUUCGGAUGGAAUGAUAGCUUAUCGUAAGCUUUUAACACAAUCUAAAUCAACAACGAUACCUUAUUUUGCACUAUAUUUAGAAGAUAUGUCAUCUAUUACUAAUCUUCCAACAUACAUUUCUUCUGUUAUUCCUGGACAUUCUACAGAAAAACAUUUUGUAGCAAACGUUUCUGUCCUUCCUUCAUUAGCAUCUUUAAUUCCACGAAAUGUCGAUCCUGAAAUGAUUAAUCUCCAAAAAUUUAGGGCGUUUUGUAAAGAAGUCAAUACUUUCUUAAAUUAUCUUUCUGAACCUUAUCCAUUCUAUCUUGAACUUGAUUGUAAUUCUUACGGUUUACAACUAUAUCCUAUAUUCAAUCCUAUAUCAAUUUCUCACAAAACAAUUCCUACUGGUAGUUUAAAUUAUAUAUCUGAAAUCAUCGAUAAGGCUCUUUUAUACGCAUGGACUUUAUCUGAAAAUGAUGAUAUUAUUCAUGUUGAAAAUCCUCAACUUUUAGUUUUAACAAAGCUUUUGGAAAUGACUGGGGAGAACUAUUCUUUUUAA